CUAAAUGCGCCUCCUAUCUUUCUUCUCUCCUCUUCUCCCUCUUCUCUUUCUAAACCCUGACCCAAUUAGUUGACAAUUAUCUGCUCCAUGAAUUUGUAGAUAAAAUGAAGCCGGAUUUCUUCAAAACUUAGUUGUGCAAUUAUCUGCUCCAUGAAUUUGUAGAAAACCCUCUCAAUCCAUCCCCAAAAUGAAGCCAGAUUUCUUCAAAAAUCUACCUCGAGAAAUCAUCAGCGAGAUCUUCUUUAGACUACCUGUUGUAAGCAUUCCAAUAAGCAAAUGUGUUUGCAAGCGAUGGCUCCAUCUGCUGGAGUCUGAUGCAUUUGUCAAGUCUCAUUUUGCCAGAUCCGCCCCCGCCCUAGUUCUUGUGGAGGAUUCAGGUCGGUUGAAAGUUUUGGAAUUGGAAGGCGAGCUCAAUCUCCAUCUCGAUCCACUCACCCAGUGUGAUUUCCCUUACCGCUUCAUUGGAACAAUAAGGAAUUGUUUUAAUGGUUUUCUUGUUCUAAGGGUGGGUUUUGAUAUGCUUUGUGUAUGUAAUCCGAUCACUCGUGAAGUUAUUAAGCUAGAUCUGCCCUCAGAUCCACAAAAUUCUUUUUCAGACGUAUCUGGUUUUGGAUUUGGGACAAGCAAAAUCACUGGCCAAUACAAGGUGGUCUGUAUUCACUCUAAGCCCUAUGAUGAUAAAUUGGACUGUCAUGUAUACACUCUUGGAACAGGAUCUUGGCGGCGCCUUGUUAAUGUUAAUCCAUAUAUGUACCAUUCUGGUUCAGGUGCAUUUGUUAAUGGAAAUCUCCAUUGGAUAGCAACCAUUGGAGAAGCGUCAUGGAUUUCUUGCUUUGAUGUUGAAACAGAAUGUUUUAGCUUCUUUAAAGCUCCUCCUCAUCAUGCUCAUGGAUUGCCCUUCAUAAGAGGAAGGUCCAUUUCUGCUUCGAGCGGUUGCCUAUGGUUUUGCAAGGUAGCAUCCGAAUAUGAAUUUGAUAUUGGACGAUGUGAGCUUACUAUAUGGAUUAUGAAGGAAUAUGGAGUGGACGAAUCUUGGAGCAUGGAAUAUGUGAUCCCCCUUGAUGAUGGCAUGUGGAUUGUUGAUACCAUCGAAGUUUGCGAAAAUGGCGACCUAUUGAUGUUAGGGACGGUAUACUUUUCCAAGCGCCUAGCUAACUUUUCUGAGCGCCUUUUCUACUACUCUAACAAGACUAAAACUAUACAAAUGAUUGAUUUGUUUGGUUCUGACCGUGUCGAGUGUGGGGUUUUCACUCCCACCCUUGUUUCACUCAAAACUUUAGGUUUAGGUGUGGAGAAUGUAAUCUCAUUCUGAUUGUUUGCAUUUUCAUAAUGCUACCAUCAACUAAAUGUAUGUUUCAAGAUUGAAUUAGUAAUGAAGCAUAUCAUUUAGAUCAAGGAAAUUGUCUAUAUAUAUUAUGGUUCCUUUUGGUA